AUGACAGACCAGGAUGAUUUAGGGAAGGAAAAUGACAAGAGCAAAUCCCUCGAAAAUACACCUAACAAGCAAGGAACGUCUUUCAGAGAUUUGCUUUGUGAAGAAUUACAAGUGGAUAAGGCGCUUUUGCUUUACAAAGGAUUUUAUUUCCUUUUUUUCGCUGGAUUUGGGGCUUCUUUUCCAUAUAUGGCGUUAUAUUUCAAGCAAAUUGGCCUUAAUGCCAGUUCAGUUGGAAUUUUGGCCGGAAUAAGGCCCAUGAUACAAUUUAUAAGUGGGCCAUUCUGGGCAGUGUUAGCUGACAGAUAUAAAGCAAGGAAGGCCGUUUUGUUGUUUUCUAUUUUGUCAUGGUUGGUCAUGACCCUGGCGUUGUUGAUUCCUAAACCUUACAACACGUACUGUAAAAAUUUGAUGGAAAAUUCAAACGAAAAUGUAUCGAUAUUUACUGGGAGACAUUCACGACGCGGUGUCGACCUGCAAAAUGAUAACGUUAUCAGUGUGGAUAUUGAUCACCAGAGAAACCCGAGAAAGGUCAAAGAGAAAUUGCCCUCACUCAUUGGAAAUGCUCCUUUUCGAACAUUUUUCAUAGACGGCAGCCCUAGACAACUUUCUGAAUAUGAAGUUUCUAGUUCUAAGAAAUUCAAACUCAUCUUUGACCAGAAAGAAAUUUACCGCGUUUAUAUUUAUCUUCUAAUAUUGGUUGUUGGAGGAGAAUUUCUUGAAGCUCCAACAUUUAUCAUGGCCGACACGGGACUACUGCAAAAACUAGGAGAAAAACGAAGACAUUACGGAAAAACCAGACUGUUUGGUUCGUUAGGCUUCGCGUUUGCUUCGUUAAUAGUCGGAGAGCUACUUGAUAUGACAGAAUAUAAAUAUUGCGGUCGAGUUAUGAAUAACUAUAACAUAUUAUUUUAUUCAUUUGCCAUUAUCAUGGCCCUGACCUUCGCCUUUGCCUCUUGGAUGUUUGAAUUUACGUAUGAAGAUGUAAGCGAUGAUAACAAUGGAAAAAGCAGCACAAAAGAGUUACUAACGCUACUUCUAAAAUUCCGGUAUGCUUACUUUAUAACUAUUUCAUUCUUUCUAGGAUUUUCUAAUGGACUAUUUUUUAACUUUCUUAACUGGCAUCUAGAGGAUUUGGGAGCAAGCAAAUCUUUGAUGGGCAUAGGAACAAUCUUCAGAGCCAUGGCGUUAAUCAUUGCGUACCUUUUCAACGCGUUUCUGUCACAGUUAUGUGGCCACGUCAACUUGAUGUUGGUUAGUGUUGCUGCCUAUUUUUUUUUAUUCGGAAGCUUCUCCAUUAUCCAGAAUCCUUGGUGGGCUCUACCUCUAGAAUUCUUAGAAGGACUGACCUAUGGCACGACUUGGUCUACAGCUGUGACUCAUCUAGCUGAUGCUACGCCCAAAGGCGGCGCCGCUACGAUGCAAGGUAUGUGACUGGUGUGCGUCGAGCCUCCUUGUGCGACCACCUCUCUUAAGCGAUUACCUCUCAAAAGCGACAAUAAUCUACCUUCGAAAGUCAAAGUACCAUCAGGGCGGGUGUAAUGUACCUAAUAGUCGUCCAAUCUUGUAGCGACCUCCGAAGCCUAGAGUUAUUAGCUUUCUCUUACGGGGGGUUGAGUUUAUUUACAGCAUGGCUAGAGUGUCAGCGAUCAAAAAAAUUUGAACCAUUUAUACACCUUUUUUGGCAGAAAAAGUACCCGUUCCGUAUACCUUCUAUUGAUAAAUGGUGCGACUUACACAUACUAUCUUAGAACACUGCAUCCCUUUUAACUGCUGUAAAUGCACAUUGCAGUAAAAUUCUCUAAACAAGGAAAUUUUCGAGGACCUCUUUCACAUCCAUAAAAUAUAAUAUGCAUCUGUUAGCUUUUUUAUCCUUUUACAGACCGAAAUGUCAGAUUUACCUACGCCAUCAUAUAUUUCAACCAAUGAAAUCUCUACCCUUUCAACCACCUGGGCCGGGUUGUUCAAAGCUGGGUUAAGAUAACCCAGGGUUAGUGCGAAAUUUGAACUAAGAUUUGAAAGCUUAAAAAGUAAAUUCAGUUUAAUUCUUUCUGUCGUCAAGUUGAUGAUUGGAUCCUCUUCAAAAUAACGGAGAAAAUUAUCCAAGAAAAUGAUUUUGAACAAAAGAAAAAUAAACCCGGGUUAAAUUUAACCCUGGGUUAAGCACUAAUUGGCCUUCGAACAACUGGGCCCUGAAGCCUGAAAAAGGCACCCCUUUCGGGCUGACGCUAUCCAUAUAGGCCAUUGUAGGCAGUACCCCAGAAGGAUUUCUUUUGACCUAUGUACAAAGAAAACUAGACUGAUAAACAAAAAGCGUGCAAGUCUAUACGAAUGUCAUUUGUUUGGGGAACGGACUCAAAUUCGCGGCUUUCCGUUGGUUUAGCCUACACGAAACGCAUUCCCACCUUAAAAAAGAUUGCUGAAAAGUGUUUUUCUACCGUGUGACAACAGCAACUGAGCUGACGAUUGGACUAUCGACCGUGGCUAUUUCCGCCUUUGUUUUCCUUGGAGGCAAAGAAAUGACCUAUCCAUGUUUUACUCAGUCUCGGCUCACAUUGACAAAAUCAACAACAAAAACUACGGAAACCAUUUUUGUCGAGGUCAAUUUAAUUAAUUUAAUUAGAGUGGCUCUAAGAGAAGUGUUUCAACGAGAAAACAACCGGGUUACAACACUCCCCUCUAUCGGUCGAUCAUGUUCAUAUCUUUACGUAGUUAAUUUUUGUUGUAGAAUCAACCUUGCUGAUAUUUGUUUGUUAUCUGAUGAUCAGAACAAGACCUAUUUGUUUCAAUUUUCUUCCAGGAAUACUCCAAGGAGUUUACUGGGGACUCGGUGGAGGCCUGGGUGCUAUUCUUGGAGGCGUGCUUAUUGACGAAUAUGGUACAGUCCCGUCAUUCCGUUUGGGCGCUUUAAUGUCAGUUGCGGUCUUGAUUGUUGGUGGUUUUAUCCAGUAUUGUAUUUCUUAUCAAAAGAAAAAGGCAGAGUCUGAAGAAAAACAAGCUGUAGAACACAUGGAUGAUUUUUAA